AUGACAGCACUUUCGCAGCUGAACGCUAGUGAAAAGAAAUUGUUGAAGUCGACUAGGCUAGCAACGAUAUAUACUGCAGACACAUAUGCUAUAAAGUCCGUUUCAAGGGAUUUUACCAUUGAACCACAUAACCCGAAUUUUGAACUUUCCGUACUUUUGAAACUAUCGCCGAAAUGCAAUCCAUAUGUUAUACAGCUUAUAGAUUGGAGAUCUGUCGGGGAUGACUUGGAGCUACUUUUUCCUUUAUAUCAAAUGGAUCUCCAUGACUUCAUGAGAAGAAAAUAUAAAUCAUCCCUCAACCCUUACUAUACUAUAUCAGAAGGAACAUCUUGCCAUGCCGGUUUCAGAAACAGGUUUGAUGUUGACAAACACGCCUUUAAUUUUGUAUCUCAAUUGGCACAUGGUUUAGACUUUUUGCACUCGAAUGGGAUAAUUCACCGUGAUAUCAAGCCACAAAAUAUUUUGAUUGACCGGAAAAACGAUUUGACUACUUUGGUCAUAACAGAUUUCGGAAUUUCCUAUGAUUCUCAAAAUUUGCAGCAGCUGAAAGUGGAACCACUUGAUAAAAAGAUCACAGAUGUUUCUACAUCAGUUUACAAAGCACCAGAACUUUUAUUUGGUGUGAAAAAUUAUACUUAUGCUAUAGACAUAUGGGCUUUGAUGGUCUUGAUCUCUCAAUGGUUUCAAGAGAAGGCCGAGAAUCCACAUCACUCUAUUCCUGCGAUAUUUGAUGAUGGAUCCGGCUCUUUCAGUGAUGGUGGCUCUGGUAGCGACAUAAAACUCAUAAUUUCCAUUUUUGACCAAUUGGGAAGACCAUCUAUAGCCGAAUGGCCUGAAGUGCAAAAUUACGGUUCCUGUGACGCCUUAUGUGGUAUGUUCGGCUCUGAUGGAGAUAAUAAAUAUAUCUUAAAUCAAUCAUACGAGGAUCGGCUGAAACGACUCCAUGCAAUAUUACCAAGAUUAAGCGAAAUUUCGAACAGUAAAGAACAAUCUGCUCUCACGAAUUGUAUUCUUGGCAUGUUAUCUUUUGAAUCAUCGAGUCGUUGGAAAAGUAUCGACAUAAUAAAUGAAUUAUCCAGGUAA